AUGUUGCACGUCAAUGACAAAAUCUAAAAUAAUUUCAUUUGGUUCAUUAUGCACUGUUUUCGUUAUCAUUCAUCUUUUAAAGCUGAAUAGAACUGGAAGUUCAGGUUUAAGUGACAAAUCACAGUAAGACAAUAUUAGUUAAACCACUUCAAAGCGCGAACUUGAGGAUUCUUAAUAUUUGAUAAUAUUGAAUCUUAAUUAGUGAAUUCAGUUCAGCAGACACUUCUGGAGUAUUUCUGAGAGCAUAUUUAAAAUGUAGAUGAGUUUAUUGGAGAGAGUUGAUGUUAAGACUUUGCACACACAGUUAAUUUGUAUUUUCUGAGUUUGCAGGUGAAAUCUGAAACUCAGAGAUUAAGGAUGGCUUCCCAUCGUAUAGUUGUUUCUGGAGCCCUGGACAUCUUCAUUUGUGGCACAUAACUGGGUUCUCUAAGAACUGAUGCCUAAAUCAUCCCAGCAUGACCUGUAGAGGAGGAGGUGGGCACGGCCAGCCUUCCUCAGCUGUACUCUCCCCGGUUAGCCCUGGAAGUCCUUCCACCUGUAGCACCUGUGCCCAUAAUAUAUGCAUGGUGUCUGACUUUUUCUACCCAAACAUGGGAGGCGUGGAGAGCCACAUUUACCAGCUCUCUCAGUGCCUGAUUGAAAGAGGGCACAAGGUCAUAAUUGUCACCCAUGCUUACGGAAAUCGAAAAGGCAUCCGUUACCUCACUAAUGGCCUCAAAGUCUAUUACUUGCCUCUGAAAGUCAUGUACAACCAAUCUACAGCCACGACCCUCUUUCACAGUCUGCCAUUGCUCAGGUACAUAUUUGUUCGGGAGAGAGUCACCAUAAUCCAUUCCCAUAGUUCUUUUUCUGCCAUGGCCCAUGAUGCUCUCUUCCACGCCAAGACAAUGGGGCUCCAGACAGUCUUCACGGACCAUUCCCUUUUUGGAUUUGCUGAUGUCAGCUCGGUGCUUACAAACAAGCUUCUAACUGUAUCUCUUUGUGACACAAACCACAUCAUUUGUGUCUCUUAUACUAGUAAGGAAAAUACUGUACUAAGAGCAGCACUGAAUCCUGAAAUAGUGUCCGUCAUUCCUAAUGCUGUAGAUCCUACUGACUUCACUCCAGACCCAUUUAGGAGGCAUGAUAGUGUAAUAACUGUUGUUGUUGUCAGCAGACUUGUUUACAGAAAAGGAACCGAUUUGCUUAGUGGUAUAAUACCUGAACUCUGUCAGAAAUAUCCAGAUUUAAAUUUCAUAAUUGGAGGAGAGGGACCAAAGAGAAUCAUUUUGGAAGAAGUACGAGAAAGAUACCAGCUACAUGACAGGGUGCGUCUUUUGGGAGCUUUAGAACACAAGGAUGUUAGAAAUGUCUUAGUUCAAGGACAUAUUUUUCUUAAUACGUCUCUUACUGAAGCAUUCUGCAUGGCGAUUGUGGAAGCAGCAAGUUGUGGUUUACAGGUUGUAAGUACCAGGGUUGGUGGAAUUCCCGAGGUGCUUCCAGAAAAUCUUAUUAUUUUGUGUGAGCCUUCAGUAAAAUCUUUGUGUGAAGGGUUGGAAAAAGCUAUUUUACAACAGAAGUCGGGGGCAUUGCUGGCUCCAGAAAAUAUCCAUAACAUAGUAAAGACUUUCUACACUUGGAGGAAUGUUGCAGAAAGAACUGAAAAAGUGUACGAGCGGGUGGCGGGGGAAGCCAUGCUGCCGAUGGACAAGCGACUGGACAGGCUCAUCUCUCACUGUGGCCCAGUGACAGGCUACAUUUUUGCUUUAUUAGCUGUAUUCAACUAUCUCUUCCUCAUUUUUCUCAGAUGGAUGACUCCAGAUUCUAGCAUUGAUGUUGCAAUAGAUGCCACUGGGCCAAGGGGUGCCUGGACUCCUCAAAAUUCUCACAGUACAGAAAACGUUGAGAAGGAUGAGGUGUCUAAAACCAGAUAGAAUGGGAAACCCGGGUUGUGAAAUUUUAAAACAUUUGUAAUAAUUCUGUUAAGAUGAUUGAAAAUAACCUUGCUUUGUUCGUUUUUGAUUUUUAAUUUUAGCAAGUUAUGCUACCUCUAUAUCAUUCGAUGUUUUCUUUUGAGGAAAGAUAAACACUUAUGCAAUUCCUGAGUGUAGAAACUCCUUGCACUUCCUUAAAAUGUAGAAGAGAACGUUUAAGCCACUCAGGUAUGACAUUUUUCAGAUUACUGAAAUCCUUCUAGCAGAGAUGUUUUAACAUUAUAUUUUGAGAGCUUUGGGUGCUGAAGGGCCAAACGUUUCUGGGCAUUUUUUGGCCAGUUUUUAACGUUAAACCAUUAAUUAGACACUCACCAGAUGUUUACAAGUUUUCUUUAGGGAAGUACAACAAUUUCAUGAACUACGUUAAGUCACGUUCUUAUACAUUUAUUAGACAUUUAAGUCAUGCUCUUAAAACAUUUAUUGGGUCCACUCAGUUAGCAUUACAUUUAAUCAGCAGGUUUCUUAAGUAAGAUGAUCUGUCAGUUACCAGCAUGUUUUGAGUACCUGCUUAUGUGUAAAAUGUUGAACUAGAUCCUUCCUGCCAUUAAGGACCCUGGUUGCUUUUGCUCUUUGCUGACCAUUCAGAUGGCUUCUUUUGUUAUAGUCAUAGUUGACAUGAAUUGGUAAAAUGUCUAACAUGCCAGGACUACUCAUGUUAGUUAAUGCCAGGAAAAGGUCACUGGCAUACUGCAAGUACUUCUUUGAUCCGAUUAUAUGAAUUCGCCUCAGUAGAACCUUCAUCUUCAGUUGUGUUUAUGAAGAAGCUUUUGAUUUUUAAAUUCUAGGGACCGAUAUCACUGUUGAUGAUAGUGCAGAGAAGCCCUCCACAUUUUCAGUGCAUAAUUUUGUCUUCUGUAAUGGCCUUUGUGUUUUCUGAGCAGAAUGUACGAGGUAUGCCAUCUCAAAACCAGCUGCUACCCUGUCCUUUUGAUAUAAGUCAUUUCCUUCACUGUGGCCUAGCUGAUGUCUGAUAAGUAUUGUCAGUGUGCAGAAAGGCUUUAGUUAAGAAUCUUUUAUUUAUAACAAACCAAGUCUGAAUCUUAGGACACAGUCUCUUUGUGAGUGGAUGUUGUUAACUUUAAUUGUUGUUGCCCAGAGCCAUGGGUUUUUUAACCCCAAAUUACCCACAUGGUGUGUAUUAUUAAUUCUUUGAACUCUUUAGAAUAAGCUUUUGUGCGAAAAGGACUGUGAAAUCAAAACAAUGAGGCACUUGUGGGUGCACUAGAUAGAUUCUGUCAGUAUUGUGAUUCUGUACAGGAUUUUUAAAAUGACAACAUUCACAAAACUUCUUACUUUUUAAAAGUAUCUUAAUAUGCCUAUUACCUGGUUGCCACUGAUCUAAAAGAAAUAUAUUUGUGUUUUGUUUGUACUAAAACACAAAUACAAGAGUGCAAUUUUUAAAAUCUAGAAGUUAGGGAUUCUUUUGUUGGAGAAUAAUGGGCUGAUCCAAAUCAUUCAGUCCUACUAGGAUUUUUAUGCAUUGAAACUGACAUAAAUAUGAAAUAAACAGUGCCAAUAUUCAUGGUAAAGUGAGAAAUGGUUAACAUUUGGUUUUAUUUAUUCUACUUAGCAAUUUUAAAAGGUACACUAUUAUUUUUUCCUUUUGCUGCUUAAUUUUUUUCAAAAUUGUCAUUGAAUUCUUCAGUUGUUAUUUAUUUAAAGUGAAAAUUGCAUUUAAAAUUGUUUUUGCAUGUAAAAUGUGUAAUUUACAAGUGAGAAUUAUUUUCCUUUUUUCAAACAAAUGCAAGUAAAUUUAUUUGUCUUACAUAAAUCUUAAUUUUCAGACUUCCUGAAAAUAUACUUUAGUUGUAACUGUCAGUGUUGCACUGGUCAGUAUGUGGAAACACAUUGUUCUACCCUGCUACUUAACAUUUAUUUAAAAGUGAACUUAAUAAAUAUAUCGUAUUUCUUUUGAUAUUACAGAUGGUUGCACAUGUAAAGCUGGUUUGUUAAAACAUGCUAUAUGCCCAAAAAUAAAGUUGAGAAUGACAUUUUGACAA